ACUGUCACAAGUGUGUGUUUACAAAACAGGCAACAAUAAUAUUUUUAAUUUAGACUUCAUAAUUUUUCUAAUGAAUUAAUAUUAUUUGAACAGAAAUCACCCUAUAUUCGGGAACAAGAUGGGUGAAGACGAUCCUUAUGCAGCUGCAGCUAAAGGAAAACUCAUAUUGAAGAGUGAUACAUCAAUAAAGAAAAAAAAGAAAAAGAAGGACAAAAAACUCAUUGAACAAGUUAAGAAAACGAUAGAAACAGAAGAGCCCGAACAGACAAAUUCCAGUAAGCAAACUAAAACUAAGGCGGAAUUAGCCUUCUUACAACAGCAGGAAAAAAUGAAAACGAAAAGGAUUCUAGAAAAGGCGUCACAAACUCACAAGGAAAGGGUAGAGAAAUUUAACCAACAUUUGGACAGUCUCACUGAACAUUUCGACAUUCCUAAAGUAUCAUGGACAAAAUAAUUACUCAUGAUUAUUGCCCUGUAUAAAAUAUUUAAGAUUGACUUAUAGAUAGGUACAUAUGUACAAAAAUUUCUUAAUUCAGUUUAAUAUUUGCUCUGUGAAGGAAACUGUUUGGGAAAUGAGAAGAAGGAAACAUAUUAAUAACUUUGACACAAAUCCCUCCCACUAUGCCACUCGCCAAAUCAGCUUCAUCAAGCUACCACGUCCGGCAACAAAUCCUAUCAGAUUCUCUGAUUUACAAUGGCUGCAAAAUGUACAACCACCUCCCAAUAGAAAUUAGGAGAAAUCAGCUUGCUUGACAACUUCCGGAAGAGAGUAAAACGUCUACUAUUGGAUCGUCCUACUACAAUGUUACUGAGUUUUUUAACGACGACCUUCAGCGGACUCACUUAUGCAUUGGCUUAUUCCUGACUAUUUCUAUAAAAUUUUUAACUAUUUGUUGUAAUUUGCUGAUGGGUAUCAGAACCACUCAUUACUACUUAUAAUUAUUAGUAUUUCUAAAGUUUUGAGUAUAAUUAGCAUUAGUGGAAUUUGUAUGCAGGCUUAUUCCUGUUUACCUUCUAUGUAGAUUAUAUUCCUUUUUUAAACUGAUUACGUCUCUUGUAGACUCUUACCUGUUGAUGUUACUAUUGUUUAUUGUUUUUACUAUUGUUCAUUUUGAGACUUAAGGUUAACUCAAAGUAACAAGCUUUGUCAAUGAGAAUAAGUUAUUUGGACAAUGAAGCAUAUUUCUUCUUCUUCAAAAUGUCACUUUUCAUAAGUUACUAAAAAAUUCUUCACCAUCGAUAAUAUGCAUAGAUUGCGGGGAAAAAUAUGUCAUCCAUCGCUCUAAGUGCUGCGAAUAUUUUCCUGGAUUAAGACAUCUGAAAAUUAGAAGCUAUGCAAUAUCGUUCAAUCAACAUAGCAAGACAACUAGCAGG